GGAAGUUUCAAAAAUGGAGCUCCAGUCUUUCACAUCCCGAAAUUGCACAGAGUUGAAUCCUGACAUUAUGAUGUGCCUUACUGAGUUGGAAAGAAGGCUUGCAAAGCACUUUGACAGAGUUGAGAUUCGUGGUAAAAGGUCAAGAAUGGUACCUGUGCUUCUCACACCUGACAUGAUCGCUGCAAUGGACCUCCUCGUGAAAAACAGGAAUGAGUGUCAAGUCCACACAGAGAAUGUGUACUUGUUUGCACGCCCGGUUGUUUUUUCCCAUUACAGAGGCUCUGACUGCUUUCGCAAGUAUGCGAACCAAUGUGGUGCAAAGUACCCAGAGGCACUCACCUCUACAAGGUUGCGGAAACAAGUUGCAACUUUGUCCACAGUACUAAACCUAAAAGAAAAUGAAAUGGAUCAACUUGCCACCUUUCUCGGACACGACAUCCGUGUCCACCGAGAAUUCUAUCGGCUUCCUGAGAGUACCCUGCAGCUUGCAAAAGUCAGCAAACUGUUGAUGGCAAUGGAGAAAGGAAAACUGUCUGACCUGCAGGGGAAAGGGCUAGAUGACAUCGACAUCAAUCCUGACGAUGAAGUAGCCACGAGUGAUGAAGAUUCCAGUGAAGAAACCCUUGCUGACCUACAUCAACACAAAGGCUCAAGAACUGAGACUUCUCAGGACCCAAGCAACGCACUUCACUCAACCACUCUGGACAAUAUGGAGGGUUCUUCUGCCUCAGCCACCCUGGACAGCAAAAACAUCAGCAACACUCAGCCAACAAAUGCUUCCCAGCAGAACACAGCACUUCAAGCGGGUACAUCCCGAGCAUCCUCAAAGUGCUCCAAUGGAAAGCAAGAUCUGCUGUGUGGAGCGCCGACACAGAAUCAGCUCUGGGAGUUCAGACCAUGUGACCACGUGUCUCUGACAGCCUCUGAGACCUGCAGACCACAAAACGUCCACCAGCCGAUCUCUGUCACAGCGACGCCUGAUUCAGGACGGUCCAGGUCAGAGAAACACCAGCGGUGGAUCUGCGACAGGACGGGAACUCUUCCUGCCCACGGCAGCUCCGACCGAGGCCCCCGCCAGACGGAGCGGCUGGAAGAGCUCCAGCUGCAGCCAGGAAGCCGACGAAACCACAGAACCUGCGACACGUUGUCCUGCUUUCUCUCUUCCAGGUAA